GUCUGUAAAAGAUAAUGUUUGGAAAACUGUGUCGGAAAAAUAAAAUUGUCGAGUUGCCGACAACUUUUUAAAUAGAAAAGGCAAAACAAUGAAUUUGAAUUUUGAAUUGAAUUAAAUAAUUCGAUUAUUUAGUUGCUUGUGGCAGAACUGCUUAAAUAAUAAUUCAGUUGCAGUGCUAAUAUAUAACAGUGUAGUUUUCUUGUGGAUUUUAUGUUUACGGCAUUCUUUACUGAGACAGAAAAAAAUAAAUAUUGUUAAUAUUUCAGUUGUGAAAGUGAUGAUUUUGGGUUAAUUUCCUCGUGUGUCUAUUAUGGAUUCAAAUAAACAAAAUAAUGAUAGUGAUAAGGUACCGGGAUUUGAUUCAGACGAAAUAAUACAACCUGCAGCGAGGCGCGUGAGUGCGAAAGAGAUAUUUAGCCUAAACUUGAAAAAAGAAGAUUCCAAAUUCGAUUGUGAUAUACAAGAUACACAAUUAAAUCCAAAGAGAAAAUUCUCUGAAGAUUCCAACAAGAUGGAGAAUGAGGAUUCGCAGAAUUCAAAUGAAAGUGUUAAACGGAGGCGAUAUUCUGACUCCUUAAACGAGGUUCCAAAGUCCAAUGAUUCCUCCAGUUUGGGUGAGAAAAAUUAUACAUUGAUGAUAACAAAUUCACCAGGAGACUGGACUUUGGAUGAAGUAAUGAAAUUUGUCAAACAUGAAUGUGGAGUCGAGAGUGUCAAUGAUAGCAGAGAGAAAAAUACCGGGAAUUGUCAAGUGGAUCUUCAAUUUGAUGAGAAGGAAAAGUUCUACCACGUUCUGGCAAAGCUGAGGGAAAAAGAGGCUCUAGGGAAACUGAGUGUUCAUUGUAUAGACAAGACGAAAGCUGAACCAGAGAGUGAUGCAGAAUCUGCAAAGACUUUAGUAUUAGAAAACAAAAGCAGUAAAUUUAAACAAGAGACGAGAGAAGAGGAAUCCGCCGGAUCUUCUACGCCCGAUGAGGAUUUUGCCAUUGAUCCAAAUGAGUUCUACUUAAGAGAGAGUUACCUAGACACGCUGGGUAUCAAAUCGCCUAUAUCCAACUGGGUUUCUGUUACUGAUUUCAGAUGCGAUAAAUCGGAGCUGAAGGAGGUUCUGGAGCUGGCGGGCAGAGUUCUGGUCUGCUCCGUCAGCAUGAACACGAAACACGCCAGCGUUAUGUACAGCCACCCACUUGAAGCGGUGCAGGCUGUCUCAAUGUUAAACGGGCAACAAUAUUACGGCAAAACCCUGCAAGUGAAAAUGAGUAUAUUUUACAACACAAACCAGCAUUGCCAAAGGGAUUGGCGGACAUUGGCCCAGGAUUGGGCAAACACGGCAAUCCUUUGCAAGACAUUGGCGAACAUUACAAGAGAUUCGCGAAAGGGAAAACCUUCAGAUUUGGACGCGUGUUUAUUCCAAACGGCGUUUUUGAACAAAGAUUGGGAUAAAAAUAGACGAAAUUGCCAAGUUUGUUUGUGUUGAAAAUCAGAAAUGUCCGAGCAAAGAGAGAAGUAAAUCUUUGGAGAAAGAAAACGGCCUAAAUCUCUAGGGUCUUAUGGGCCUGUAGGCCAAAAACCGGUUAAUACAGUUCCAAUAAGAACAAAUACUCCAAUAAAUAAUAAUGUAACCAGACCCAAUCAAAUGAUGGUCCCAAAUCGAAUGCAAAGUCCUAUCCGAGGACCGAUUCAAUCCAUGAUAAUACAAGGACCAAGACCAUACCAAGAAGGUGCAGUUCAAAGACCUGGUUUUCCAAUGGUCCACCAAGGUGUAAUGUAUCCCAAUUGUCCACCAGUACCGGGUCUGGAUGGUCCGAAUAAGAAUAUCCGAGGUCCGGUACAAGGUCCAAUGAGUCCGAUGGUCAGGCAACAGAUGGUUGGACCUCGGUACCCAGGACCUGGGCCUAUGAUGGGAUCAGUACAACCCGGUAUGGUGCCAUGUGUACCGAUGGUACCGAAUGGUCCAAUGAGACCGAACAUACCCUAUGCAACAAGUGUGAGGAUGUUCAAAGGACCGGAUCCAGUGUUGGUACAAAUAACUAAUUUGCCCCCAACGACGAACUUCGUGAAUUUAGGCCAGAAGUUGAUGGAGUUAGGCCACGUGGUGUUCCUAGAGUUCACCACCCCUGGCUGCGCCAACGUUCGAUUUGCGACCCCUGCCGACGCCGACCGAUGUUUACUACAGAGAAUUAUCAUCAAGUAAUGGGAUGAAAUCAGAUCGGAUAUCCAGGAAGACGAUCAAGUAUGGCCCGACAGCCAGAAAAGCCAGGAAACGUAAUAGAUACGAGGUUGUUCUCCAAGGUGACUUUGUAAAUUAUUAAUAAUGUUCUUUAAAACAAAUAAAUAACUCUUAUCACGUUCGUUGCGGUACUGAUUUUUCUGUACUUUCCUCUGGUGCAGUACGAGGUUUUUUGACUUCAUAUUAGAACUUUAUGUGGUGCGGUACGAGGUCCAUCAAAAUCGUACCGCACCGAACGCUGAAGACGCUAGACGUACGAGGUCAAUUGACCUCGUACCGCAGCGAACGUGUUAAAAAUCCAAGAUGACUUGCAGAGCGCUAUUUCUGCACAGUCUGCUCUAUCUCUUAGACAGUGGCGUGCCCUUCAUGGAUGUGCACUGCUACCUUCAAUGGCGUGCAUAAGGUUUUUAACUAGGGUACGCACUUUAAGUGAAGGUUGGAAAAUUCCUUGUCCAACUAUGUAUUUAUUCUAUGGUCCAUAGGUUUGUAUUGAGUCCUUAGGGUAGGCAGUGCAUUUUUAAAGACGUUAUGUGGCUUGUGUUUGUGUUGCUUGGGAAGCAUUGUUGUUCGUUAUGUCAUCGUCAGGAUCGUAAAUUACGCUUUUUGUGCGAUCAGAGGUUCCCAAACUUUUUAUCUCAUAGACCACUUUCAAAACUUUGGUGGUUCCAGCGGACCCCUGCUACAGAACUACAUUACAUUACAUUCUACAUAAAAUCUUGGCUUCCGAAAUGCUUCAUUAAUUUAAAAAAAAAAAUAAAGUUUUCCAAUCUAAAAAGUGAUUCCAGCCAACUUACCUAUUUGAUGUCUACUUAGGCUACUUAGGUACAGUACAAAAAACCAAUCAAUUCAUACUUUUAUUGAGAAAACUCCUCAUUUGGUAUGAAACCUCUAUAAAAUCAGAUAAAUUUUCGUAGACCCCCGCUAACGAAUUGUAGACCCCCAUUUUUUGGGCACGCCGACGUAGACCCCCAAGGAGUCUCUCGUGGACCCCACGGGGUCCACCUGGACCACUUUGGGAAUCAAUGGUCUAGAUUUACAAUCAGAAGAAGAAAAAGAAAUACUUUAUUGCACACAAAAAUACAAUUAUAAAUUAAAACAAUAAAAAUAUAAAUUAAACUUGGCAUGCAAAGGCGGCCUUAUUACUAUAAUUAUUAUCUACUUAUGACUUAUUAAUCAGGGUUAGAAUCGGGGAUGUAGCUGCAAGCCUCAACCACUAGUUGGUAGGGGUGGGUGGCGGCUCUCUCAAAUUAAGUUUUCGAGAGCUAUUUCAUAUAUUGAGCUAUUGUGGGGAGAUCUAUGUCUCUAUGCAAGUUAUUGCGUACAAACCACGGUGCGCCCUUUGCCUGACGCAUGAAUUAGUUCUGAAGGACCUGAAAGGGUUUUAGAGUCUUACUCAGAGUUUUUUUUUUCUUUUAUUCUUUACAAGUUAGCCCUUGACUGCAUUUCGUCUGAUGGUAAGUGAUGAUGCAGUCUAAGAUGGAAACGGGGGAACUUGUUAGGAGGGGGAUGAAAAUCCACACCUCUUUUCGGUUUCUACACGACAUCGUACCGGGACGCUAAAUCGCUUGGCGGUACGUCUUCGUCGGUAGGGUGGUAACUAGCUGGGGAUCUAACCCAGGACCUCCGUUUUGUAAAUACACCGCGCAUACCACUGCGCCACGGAGGCCGUCUACUUACUUAAAUACUACACUAGCGUAGGUCAUUGUUGGACGGAUGUUAGUUAUAAGCCUUAUGCACGCCACUGCUUUUAGCCAUGAAUUAUACCUAUAGAGCCAGUUCCUCUACUGUUUCUAAAUUUAAUUUAUAUUGUCUAUUGUGCAUAUACCUAAGUGUAAGCUCAUAUAGUAGAUGUGUUAUAAAUGUUUUUAUGUAAAUUAAUAUUUAAUGGCUGUAAUUAUUAUUAGCAUGACUAAUAUAAGUUUUAAUUGAAGAAAUUGUAAAAAAAAACAAAACUGAAUCCUCUUAAUUUUAAAUGGCUAAAUAUUUAGAUUACAAUGAAUAAAAUUUAUUCAAUUAUCGUGAAAUAUUUAAAAAUAAUAACUUUUAAUGAACUAUGAAAUUGUUGUAAAUACUUUAAAUAUAUAGAUUAUAGAUAUAUGUCUAUUUAUAUACUAUCUACUACAAAUCACUGAUUUAAUAUAUACAAAAACACUGCUGUGUAGUAAAAAUUCAAAAACGACUUUAUUGAUUUAAUUUUUCUUGGGCUUUGUUUGCUAUACUGGUAGCUUAAGAAAAAAGAUAAUAUGUCAGCUAUUUGUUAGCUAUAUAAGCAUAAUUAAAUAAUUUUAUCUUUGUAUGGGAAUCGAUAAUUUGAAUGACUAUCAAUAGAUGGCGCUAGUUUUAUAAGGUACGUUAAAAAUAUACAGCCGAACAUAGAAUCUCCUUCUUUUUGGGAGUCGGCUAAAAACCGUUGGUAUUCGAUUUUUAAAUUUCGUAUUUUAAAAUCACAAUUUUCAAUCGAUUCGAUAGCGUAAACGAAAAUGUUGGUGGCGCCAUCUAUUAGUAACGCUGUACCAAAUGAAUAUUAUCAGUAUUAAAGUCCGGUUGCGUUUCUGACAACUGUCAAUGUCACCUUUUUAUAUUUGUUAAUUAAUUGGUUGCCAAUUUGCGCUUAGCAACACGUUAAGCGAUUCAUUUUUGUAUAGUUUAAUGAAUUAACCAAUGUAAAAAGGUGACAUUGACAGGUGUUAGAAAUGCAAUCUCUGAGCGGCUAGACUUAAGCUAUAGUAAGCGGCUUGCAAGUUGAACUAUGCGUAGUAACACAUUUUCGUUUAUUGUUAGCGACGUACUGUAGCAAUGCCACGAAUAACAUUGCAAUAUGUUGAUGUCAUUACAAACGCGUACGAAAGUUUCAAUUAUUUGACAUUUAUAAUGUACCGGGCAACUGCGGGGCACGCGUCUAACUUUUUUUUAAAAUAGGGUUGUUGACUCUUAAAAAAAACAAUAUUAAUUUCGCGUAGUACAUGGAAUAAGGUCCGAAAUAUAUCGAUAUUAUUUAAUAACAGUUAAGGAUUUCUUACAAAAUUUAAGUUGUAAAUCGUGUAUUAUUUAAAAUUUUCCAAACGUCAAAAACGUGUCAAUGUUACGUCACAAAAUGAGCGAGCGUUUGACUAAAUUAAUUUUGUUUGGUAAAAAAUAGUUAACAUGCAACAUGAAGAACUUGAAAUACAAACCAUCUUAUCCGACAGGCGUAUUGUCAAAUAAAUAUAUAAAAAUCAAAAUUUUCAUGUAAUCAUGUCUCCAAAAAAAUAUGAUAAUUUGUUUUCAGAACUUCGGCUUGUAGAACGAUAAUGAACAAUUUAAGAUCAUUUUAAAAAAAUGUGUCAACUAGCCUACUGUAGGUACCAGCGCAGACUUAUUUUCGCUCAACUUACUUGCCGGGGUCUAUAGUUAAUUAUAUUAUUAUUAAGUUUAAGUUAUUAAAAUACAUAUAUUUUAAUUAAAUAAACCAAUUGUAACGACCAAGUCGAAUGUUCAUUUAAUAAGUUAUCUUUUGAUUAUUAUCUAAUAGCCCAUAGAUAUAGUGUCCCUAGAGACAAUGUCUAAAUGUUAGUAGGACGAAAGGGUAUAAAAUGUGUAUAAAUAUGUAAUAAGGAUUUUAAAAGGACAUGAUUAAUGUAGGUACGCUAUAAUAUCUCCCUUGGGAUUAAUAUUUUCAAAAGUAUUAUCUUUUAAGCCGUAAAGUCAAAUUACUAACUUUGCAAAUAUAUUGUUAAUUUUGUACCUAGAUUAAUUUAGCACUAUAAUAAUAUACUUUUGAUCUUGUAUGUUAGUUUCUCAGCCCUUGAGUGAGGAAGUUGGUGGUGGAUAAUCAUUAACAUCUGAUAGUGAUCGUUAAAGAGUUUGUCAUUAUCAUCCUAAGCCCGCCUACUCGCCUUGGAGCAGCAUGGUGGGUCUUAGCUCCAUAUUCCGUCGCCUUAAAAAAGGGAGGCCUGGCCUUGUAGUGGUUUAGUGGCCUAUUGAAGUAUGUUGUUAAUGAUAUACAGGAUUUUUGAAUAAGUACGUCAUGAUAUGCUUGAAAAUGUAAUAAUAAUAAAAUCUAUUCAUUUUGGACUGUUAUAUAGGAGACUGAAUAAUUGUGGGUAAGGUAGAAAAUAAUGAAGAUUGUGUAUAAAAGAACUUAAAUCGAGGCGGUUUAAUGUGGUUUUUAAAAAACCUUUUUUUGUAUAAUGAAAUUGUAUAGGUAUUUAUUUGUAUUGUCCUUUUUGGAAAUCGUUGUCGGAUGAAUGUGUCCUUUUUAAUGAACUAUGUAUGAAUCUAUAUAAAUCUUGUAUAUAAUAUAAUUAUGUUUUAUUGUGCCAAAUAUAAUACAAUUAUUAUAUAUUUUACAUGAACAUUUACUUCCUAAACAAUGAUUCCUAAUAGAAACAAUGAAUCACAGGUAAUAUUUAAUAUUACAUCUAUCUACAUUUAUUCUACUGUUCGUUUAGUACCAACUAAAAGAACCAGAAUGCGUAUACGCUUAUUUUUUUUAAAAUUGACUAAUCUAUAGCCAAUUUAUGUACAAUAGUGUAAACGCCAUCUAGAAUUAUUUCCUGGACUUUGAAAGUUGAAAGUAAGUAAAGUAUGUCUGAGUUCUUUUUUAUUGUCUAUGUAUAAAGUUUAUACAUACAUACCAGGAUGUUGCCAUAUGUUGCCAAUUUACUUCUAUCUUUGCUAAAGAGUGUCUGGAAAAGACAUUUUUUUAUUUAUUUUACGGCCCUGGAUACUUAAGUUUGGCUAAUGAAAGUAGACUGAAAUCGCCCGCCAAAUUUAAAAAGAAAUCGGAGUAAAUUCUGAAAAUUAUAGUGUAAAUAUUGGAAUAACUGAGUUUAAUACUUAUUUAUAGGUUACAUAUACAAAUUAUGAAAUCGCAUGUUUUUGUAAUUUGUGUAAAUGAUUUUUUAAAUUUAGCGGGCGAUUUCCGUCUCUACUUUCAUUAGCCAGACUCUAACAGUGUAUAGUAUAAACACAAGAUGUCUUUUCCAGAGUCAGUAUCCAGGGCCAUAAAAUAAAUGAAAAAAAAAAAUGUCUUUUCCAGACACUUUUUAGCAAAGACAGAAUUAAAUUGGCAAGGUAACAGCCUGGUCAUAUAAAGAUGUAUUAUAUAAAACAAUUCAGAUUAUGCAUAAAAAAAUCAAUGAUUUUUUUUUUAGUUAACCAAUUUCAUAAAAAAUAGCUGUGGAUUGGUCGAAUAGCCGCGAUCGAACGAACCUGUAAAAAUAACAGUGAUUUCUUUCAUUCAAAAUCUGUCUGAUUUAAUUUGACUUACCAGCGCCAUCUUAUAGUCUUAAAAAUAAUCUACUAGAUGGCGUUAGUAAUGUCCUGGUUUUAGUAUAACAUUUUUAACAUUCCAUAUUAAUGUAACAACAUAGACAGUGUCAUUAUUUUUUUAUAAUGUAUGUAGUGUGCUAUGUAUAUACAAAUAUUCGUUAAUAGUCCAAUGGAUGGGAUUGAAUUGAUGUAUUUCAGUACGACUUAAUGGCUAUUGAAUCUAUGAGCCAUAAAGGCUUAAAGCAGAGUUUUAAAUAUGUCACAGAAUAAAGAUUUACAAUACAGAAUGAGUGUUUACAAGCAGCGUGGUGAAGCUGGUGAAACCCAUAACAAAACAAACGUCACGCGUCUCCUUGACAUCCGCAUAUACAAACAAAUUUUUUCAUAAUUAACACUAACAACUAUUUCGUAAAUCUAUACUUAUAAUAAAUCUGUAGAGAGGUCAAUUCUGUACAUGAAAUAUAUUUCCAAAAUAACUAUCAGGGGGUGAUUAGUGAUCGAUACUGACGCCAAAAAUGCAAUCAAUAAAAUUUUUGUCUGUCUGUCUGUCUGUCUGUCUGUCUGUCUUUCUGUCUGUCUUUCUGUCUGUCUGUCUGUAUGUUCUUUAUAGAAACAAAAAGUACUGGACGGAUUUUAACAAAAUUUGGUACAAUUAUUCUUCAUACUCCUGGGCAGGUUAUAGUAUACUUUUCAUCACGCUACGAUCAAUAGGAGCAGAGCAGUGAAGAGAAAUGUUGAGAAAACGGGAGAAGUUACUCCAUUUUUUAAGCUUCCGUCGCGUGUACAUCCUUAAUGGUUAAGACUACAUAGAAAUCAUGUAUGACGGAAAUGUUCUCCUUAAAAUUAUAUAAAAAAAACACAACGGCAUAUAUAUGUCUAUCUUUUAUGGUUGACUCACAAUAACACGUGUAACUCCCGAUAGCUUAGCAGUUCGAAACUUUCUAAUUAUAUUUGUCUACUCUUAUGUUUAAAGGGGGUUUCUAGGGUAGGGGUAGGGUAGGGGUAAGGUAGAGGUAGGAUAUAGGUAGUUGAAAGUUUACAUCGACUUCCACGCGGACGAAGUCGCGGGCGUCCGCUAGUUAAUAUAAUAAUCAAUUAAUAAUACUCCAUCUUAUUUCUUUACUUUUUGUGAACAGUUUUUAAUAUUUUAAAAACAUAAGACGCCAUUAUUCUUGAAUAAUAUUGAAAUGCGACGCUUCGUGUCAUACUGACUUGAGAAUGUAUUCAUUAUUGAAUUUUGUAUUUGGAGCGGCUACGACACUGUCGUAUUCCGUACGCUCUAUCUGCCUAUUAUUGAUUAAUCUGUGAUACCUUUAUGUUUAAAGAUGAAAAGAUUUUUUUAAAAUUUCAAAUUCUUUCAAAAAUCUUUUUGUCAUCGAUUGCUGUGAAAUAUGUCCAUAAUGUACUAAGCUAAAAUAAAAUAGAUUUGUUCUGGUUGUACCUAUUUUAAAUGUGAUUGUUAGUUAGGAAUCUCUUAUGUCCCUGACGUAUUUUUGUGUGUCUCUGUGUAUUUGUGUAUCUAUGGCAUCUAAGAUCGUCGACGGAUAGAUAUAAGUUUUAAAAUACAUACACGUAUAGAUCGUGCGGGUUAUGUUGACACUUGGCUCGAAUGAUGUUUGUACUGUGUUUUGUUUGGUAGCCACGUGUCAGGUUAAUGCGCACGAGGUAUACAUGGUUUAUGUACGUUGAAGAUCAGAUAUGCCAAUUUAAAGAUCAAUGUUUUUUAAUUGUGAUUAAAUGAAUUUCUGACAGAUAACUAGUCUGUAUUGUAUAGUUUUUUCUGUUUGUUAUUUAUGGGCUUUAACUGUUAAACAUCGAAAUUAGGGCAAAUCACCUAAUUUACUGUGUAUUAAAAAUAAAUAUACAACUUA